AUGCCAACUUUUUGCCCUUGUGCAGUCUUUUCAAUGGAAGGAUUCUUGACGAGCAAACCGUUGACAUGCCAUCCAACAGGUUACCCUGGUGGUCUGAAGACACACACGGCACGGCAAGUGUUUGACAAGAAACCUGAGCAAGUGCUGCGUGCUGCUGUCAGUGGGAUGCUCCCAAAGAACACAUUGCGCAAGGCGCGCAUGCGCAAGCUGAGGCUGUUCCCUGGGGACGAGCACCCGUUUGCGCCCUCAGAUCUCGUGCCCUGGGAAAUGCCUCCACGAAAGCUGAGGGAUAAGGGCAUAGGGUGGGCGCUUCCCGAGGGUUUCGAACCCAUGAACGCAGAUGCGUACUUGAAGCGAGUGAAGACGAGCAGACAUAGAGCAGAAAUGGAGGGGAGGGCUGCAGAGUGGGGACAGGAUAUUGAAUAG